AUGUGGAUGCAUUAUGCUAGCCAAAAUUGGACCGAUGCUGAGGACCUCCAGUCAGCCGUAAAGAGAUUGAUGAAUGAGCUAGAUUAUGUGGCAAUAGAUUGUCUUCACGCAUCUAAUUAUGACAUGAAUUACUGCUUCUCUGAAGAAAAAAUUAAACAGUUGGAGGAGGAUUAUGAAAAGUAUCGCCGUGGUAUUAUGUUGGCAGUAGAAACAAUAACUGAGACUUUAAAAACUUUAUCUAAACCUGUUACCACACCAGAAGAAAUUUGUCAAGUAGCUGCCAUUUCUGCUAAUGGAGAUAGUUCUAUUGGAAAUCUUAUAGCUGACGCAAUGAAAAAAGUAGGGAGAGAAGGUGUUAUUACUGUUAAAGAUGGAAAGACUUUAAAUGAUGAAUUAGAAAUUAUCGAAGGGAUGAAGUUUGACCGAGGAUAUAUUUCACCAUACUUUGUUAAUACUACCAAAGGCGCAAAAGUGGAAUACCAAGAUGCUUUGGUGCUUUUUAGUGAAAAGAAAAUUUCUUCUGUUCAAAGUAUCGUUCCCGCUUUGGAAUUAGCUAAUGCUCAGAGAAAACCUCUUAUUAUCAUUGCAGAAGAUGUUGAUGGAGAAGCUCUUACUACUUUAGUAGUUAACAGACUUCGAAUCGGACUUCAAGUAGCAUCUGUAAAAGCUCCCGGAUUCGGAGAUAAUAGAAAAGCUACGUUGACAGAUAUGGCAAUAGCUACAGGUGGUAUCGUUUUUGGAGAUGACGCCAACAUAGUGAAACUUGAGGAUGUAAAAUUAUCAGAUUUAGGUCAGAUUGGCGAGAUAGUGAUUACAAAAGAUGAUACUUUGUUAUUAAAAGGCAAAGGCAAAAAAGAAGAUAUAGAUAGACGUGCCGAACAAAUUAGAGAUCAAAUUGAAACUACUACGUCUGAAUAUGAAAAAGAAAAAUUACAAGAACGAUUGGCACGUCUUGCUUCUGGUGUUGCAGUAUUAAAAGUAGGUGGAAGUAGUGAAGUUGAGGUAAAUGAGAAGAAAGAUCGUGUAACUGAUGCUUUAAAUGCUACCCGGGCAGCUGUUGAAGAAGGUAUUGUAGCAGGAGGUGGAACUGCUCUUCUAAGGUGUACCAAAAGUUUGGACACUCUUAAACCAGCUAAUAAGGAUCAAGCUAUAGGCAUUGAAAUUGUGAAAAGGGCUUUGAAGGUACCAUGCAUGACAAUCGCCAAAAAUGCUGGAGUGGAUGGUGCCUCUGUAGUUGCAAAAGUAGAACAACAAGAAGGUGAUUAUGGUUAUGAUGCCCUUAACAAUGAGUACGUCAAUAUGUUUGAAAGAGGAAUUAUUGACCCAACUAAGGUUGUUAGGACAGCUAUUGUUGAUGCCUCAGGAGUUGCAUCCCUCUUGACGACUGCUGAAGCGGUAAUAACAGAAAUUCCAAAGGAAGAACCUCCAAUUCCAACUGGUGGUAUGGGCGGAAUGGGCGGAAUGGGAGGAAUGGGUGGUAUGAUGUAAUAUCUCCAUUAAAAUAUGCCAAAUGCAUACUAGAAGAGACUUAAUGGUGAAUGGACAGCUUCUAGUGUGAUUUUUUAGACUGUCUGUCAAAAAGUUCCAUUAUUCUAUUUGGCAGAAGAACGAAUAUGUUAAAAGUUUUUGUUACUUUUGCACAGGACAAGUUUCGUGUUGAUUUUUUUAUAUGUGACACGAAGUGAGUGUAUGCGAAAUUGAGUGUGUAUUUGAAUAUGUAUGAUUAAAAAUGAUUUUCUAUAGAUUUGUCACAAAGUGUCAACCAUUUUUUUAAAUAGGAAAUCAUUAUUAAUCGUGAACUGAUCUGCAUUUAAUUUUCUUAAAUCGAAAUGUGUAUGUAGUUUUUUAAAAGACUCUGUAAAUGUAUAUUGUUAUAAAUAUAUUCUCUUUUUUCUAA